GAGGCGCUGGAUCGCAAAUGCGCGCUGCUCGCCAUCGAUCGGCAGCUCCAGGUACGUGGCGGGGAUGGAAUGCAGGGCAAUCCCCGCGAGAUUUCUCUUCACGGCGGAGGAGCUUGAGCAGCAACCGAGCAGCAGCCACCCGCCGGCGCCAGUGGUCCGGCCCUCGAUCACCUGGGGCGUGGUGGGCGACAAGAACGCGCAGCGCGAGGGCCGCGAGCGAGUGCUGGACUACCUGCGCGGCGAGGGGAUCAACACCGACGAGUUUGAGUCCGUGGAGCUCCCCACCACCGUGGACGUGAUGGCCGAGCGCCUGGAUUUCCUCAAGAAUCUCGGCCUGGAGAAGAUCCACAUCAACGAGUAUCCUCUCGUGGUGUGCUGCAGCGUCAAGAAGAACAUGGUGCCAGUGAUCAACUACCUCGAGGCGCUGGGCUUCUCGGCCGCGGAUCUCACCAAGCUCCUGCGAAAGUAUCCCAUGGUUCUCCAUUCGAGCGUCACGGUGGACAUCCAGCCAGUGGUGAUCUAUCUCAUGGGACUGGGAGUUCCAAGAUCCAUGGUUCCAAGGCCGCUCGUCAAGUACCCGGACAUGCUGGGCUUCCGGCUCGAGGGGACGAUGAGCACCUCCAUCGCCUACCUGGUUAGCAUCGGCGUCCACAUCCGCGCCAUCGCCGGGAUCGUGCUCGAGUUCCCGGAGAUCCUGGGGAUGAGAGUCGGCAACAACAUCAAACCCAAGGUGGACUUCCUGUGUGGCCUGGGCAUGCCGCGCGAGGCCGCCGGGAAGAUCCUCGAGCACCACAUCCAGAUCCUCGCGCACGACCUCUCCCGGAUGAAGGACAACGCGGCGCUGCUCGAGAGGGCGGGUGUGAGCGGCGAUGGAUUGCCCGGGCUGGUGCUGCAAAUGCCCACCGUGCUCGUGGAUCCGAUCGACAAGCUGGUGGAGUCCCUGGCGGACUGGCUGGAGAAGACGCUCAAGGUCCCGCGGGCGAGCACCGGGAGAGUUCUCGAGAAGUUGCCGCAAGUCCUCUACCUCCAUCGCCGCUUCGCGGCGGCGCGCGUGAGUUUCUUCCAGGCCAGGGGAUUCACCACGCAGGAGAUCGGCAAGAUGGUGGUGCUGUGCCCGCAGAUCCUUGUGCUGGAUCCCCGAUCGAUGAGGGAAUCGAUGGAGUUCUACGUGAAGCAGAUGAAGCGGAGCAUCAAGGAGCUGGUGGAGUUCCCGGCCUUCUUCACGUAUGGGCUCGAGGAGAGGAUCCGGUUCCGCUACAAGCGCGUGGCGGAGAAGGGUCUGAGCUUCAGCCUGGCGUGGUUCCUGAAUUGCAGCAAUGCGGUGUUCCAGCAGAGGAUCGCCGGGCCGAUCCACGAGGGCGAGAGGGCCGAGGGAUUGUUCUUGAUGGGUGGUCCUGUCCGGCAGCUCGCCAAGCCCUCCUCCAGUGACGAUGAGCUCGAUGGUAGUGACGACGAUGACGAUGGAGAUGAUCGUUACGAUCAAAGAGACGGCAACGAUGUUGAAUUCUAGAGGCGGAGGAUGCGAUUCUAGUGAUACUGCGCUCCCCGAUGGAAGAUGAAUCGUUAGACGGUGAUCUUCCUGUUUGAGUUUGCUGGAGGGAGAGCUUCCAGCUUCGGCUAUAUGUAUACUACUGUUCUUGGCGCCCAAAUUUGAAAAUAUUGAUCUACACGGUUGCUCUUU